CUAUUUCCGGGUCCGAACAAAUCUCCUGCAAAAGGCGUUUUCACUCUUCCUACUCCGAGACCCCGAAAAUUUCUGGGACGCACUAUCAUCAACAUCCGCCGUGACGAAAUGGGUGACGACGCAUCGAUGGUCGGCUCGAGGGUGACGUAGAGGUCAUGAUCACGGCUGGUGAUCGAUUUCGGAACCCGACGCUUCAUUAUUUGCGUCAAUCGCAAACCGAAGCAUGCCCCUGACUAGGUCCCACUGGGUAUUUAACAUGAGCGAGUUUACCGGGCGUCAUCUCUUUAGAAUCUGAACAUCCGUUGGCAGAGCUUGAACCUACAUCAUCGAAAAUGUCUAGCACUUUUCCUCUUUUUGUCGUCGCAGGAAUUGGAGAUGGCUCCGGCACUGGAGCAGCGACAGCGCGCCUCUUCGCAAAGGCAGGCUAUGCCGUCGCCUUGAUCUCCAGGCGCGAAGACGCCCUCAACCAGUUCAAAGACGAGUUGUCCGGCGGUGCGAGCCGCGCUAACGUGGCCGCCUUCCCCGUCGACGAGUACUCUGGGAAGUCGAUCCAAUCCGCCUUCGCGAGCAUCAAGUCCACUUUCCCCCGCUCGCCCCUCCGCGUCGCCCUCUGGAACGCCGGUGCGGCCGUGUGGAAGCCCUUCCUCGAGACCACGUCUGAGGAUGUGCUCACCGUCACAUGUAUCAAUAUCGCCGGCGCGUUCGCGUUUGCGCACGAGGUUCUCCAGAUUUUCACCGCCCAGGAGCCCGAGACGGCUGCCGAGGGCGGGCUGGCUGGUGACAAGCAGACCAAGGGCACGCUCCUGUUCUCGGGUGCGACCGCGAGCGUUAGGGGCACCGAGAAGACGGCCGCGUUUGCGGCUGGGAAGCACGGCAUUCGGGCGCUGGCGCAGAGCUUGGCAAAAGAGUUUGGCAAACAGAACAUCCAUGUCGCACACGCUAUUAUUGACGGAAACAUCCUCACCGAGAAAUUCGCCCAUAAAAAUGACCCCGAGUAUGUCAAAAACGCGAACGUGCGUUUGGACCCUAGCUCCAUUGCAGAGGCGUACGAAUAUCUCGUCAAGCAGGACUGCUCCUCAUGGACCUGGGAGCUCGACUUGAGGCCGGCUCAUGAGCAGUGGUAA